AUGACGAAGACAGAAGGUAGUACCAAGCCAAAGAUCGCAUUUGUCGGCCUCGGCGCCAUGGGGAUGGGAAUGGCUGUACAUCUGCUGAAGGAUGGGUUUUCCGUCACUGGAUUCGACGUAAACCCCAUGGCCCUCGAGACGUUACUAGCCAUGGGCGGUACGGCUGCCCUCAGUCCACGAGAAUGUGUUCAUGAUGCCUCAUUCUUAAUCUGCAUGGUAGCAAAUUCCAUGCAGAUAGAUCAUGUACUCUUCACCGAAUCAACGGGUGCUGUGUUUGGCUUGAAGAAGGAUGCCAUUAUCAUAUUAUGCUCCACUGUUGCCCCCGCCUUCCCGCAAGAGGUCUUGGACCAGGUCCACCAUCGGUUCUCUCGGCCCGAUAUCAGUCUUGUUGACUGCCCUGUAUCCGGUGGGACGCUUCGUGCAGCUCAGGGCACACUGACAAUCAUGUCGUCCGGGGCACAGGAUGCUCUGAGACGUGCCCAGCCCAUUCUACAAUCGCUCGGCCAAACGUUAUACCCCAUUGAAGGAGGACUCGGAAGUGCCAACAAAGUCAAACUCAUCAAUCAGCAUCUUGCGGGCGUCCAUAUUGCGAUUGCAGCCGAGGCGAUGGGACUAGCCGCGACGAUAGGGCUGAAUACGAAGCUAUUUUAUGAAACGGUGGUGCAAAGCCCUGCACAUAGUUGGAUGUUUGAGAACCGAGUGCCACACAUGCUCUCCAAUGACUGGUCGCCUCACUCUGCUCUCAGCAUCUUUGUCAAAGAUAUGCGGAUUGUCGUUUGUGAAGGUCUCAAUGAGAACGUCCCCAUGUAUAUCGCAUCUGCAGCAGAGCAUCUCUAUCAAUUUGCGGCGCGAGCUGGUUAUGAAAAAGAAGACGAUUCUGGCCUAGUCCGAAUAUUCAUUCCUCAAGAUUUGUCCCUGGUUUCCAGGUUGACGCACCAAGAAAGCGAUACAGCUGACUAUGAGCAAAAGUCUAAUCUGAUCUGCUAUAUGCUGGAUAUUGUUCACGGGGCAGCAGCAGUUGAGGCUCUUGCCCUCGGUAUGAAACUUGGUCUCUCGAUCAAGGCCCUGACUUCAGUGAUUUCGAACGCAGCGGGUACAAGCAGAAGUUUCGAAGCAGUCGCUACAAUGACAAUAGGAGAACAAAGGGCUUCUAUACGUACUCUAACACAGUCAAGGAACAUACUGAAGCAAGUCAUGACCCUUGCCCAGGUCUACAAUUACCCUCUCCAGAUUACAGCUACUACGCUGCAGCUAUUGCAACAGGCUGUGGCUCGUGGCCUAGGAAAUGAGAAUCAAGCAGCGCUCUAUGUGUUGUGGGGCGCUUGA